AUUUUAGAAAAACAAGGAACAGACAUACGAAGUAUAUCAAUAGGUCUAGUGCAAGAACAAAAACAACAAUUGAGAGUUCAACACAUAGGAGGUUCAUAGUAUGAGAAAAACAAUAGUAUUCACGACACACAAUCACAUGCAUAUCUGUACAGUCCUGAGACAAGUUGGAUGUGAUGGAUCAGGUGCUUCUUUGUCAUACAUAUUCAUUGUUGUAAGUAAGAAGUACUUAUUCUUUUCUCGUCUGGAAAAAUUGAUACAACUACUUAAUUCAUUAUGUUUAAAGAUUAUUUGUUCCUGCCUUACUAUCAAAAAAAUGCUAUCGAACCGUAUCUCCCUGCUAUCUCCCUGUAAAAAUUUAUAUUUCUUAACAUCACUGACACUGUACCUAGAAAUGGAUGUAGCUAGCUUUGUACUAUCGUGCAAAUUGCGGUGUCAAAAAAUAGAGUACGAUAAUAAUUUCAAGACCCGAUAUCAUGAGAACCCUUCUUUCACGAGGAUAG